AUGAUGUAUUUAAUAUUUUUUUGGUUAUUUUUUCUGUUUUCAUACAUUGGAAAUGCUGAAAUUCUUGAUUUAACUCUCGAUUUGAAUAGAACUAACGAGCAAUUUGUUACGAAUGGUACAACAAAUAAUGAAACUAUCUCAGAUUUUUCGACCUUAAAUUCAUUAAAAUUUAACAAAAUUUUAUCAGCAGAGUCAACAUGCUCAAGAAAAUUACAAAAUAAAAUUAAGUACCCAAAUUGUUGCUCUUCGAUAGUUACAAUUUUUGAAACAGAGAAAAUUUGUAAUUAUAAAAUGGAUUUGGAUAAGCCUUUAAAAGAAAAUAACAUAGAAAUUGAGAGAGAGCUAUCAGAAAUUAAACAAUACUAUGACUACCAUUGUAAUAAUUCCGAAUAUCAAUUUUUAGUUUCAAAAAAUAUCACAGUUGAUGAUAUAUAUAACUGUGUGGAGUAUAACGGGUUAGUUACAAGAGCUCCAAAUAAUGUGACUCAGGAUUUGGAUGACAUUAAAUUGGAAGGUAAUGAAUCUGCAAUUGACACUCAAAGAGCACUGCAAUUAAAUGGCUGGAUGAAUAGCUUUGGUCUACCUAGAAUUUCCUCAAAUACCUUACUUUCUCAAUCAAGGUUUACUGAAGGAUCAUUCAUGGGUUCAAAUUCAGGUCAAAACUGUUCUCCACUAUUAUCAUUAAUUUUUGUUCGCGUUUGUAACUCUAUUUGUAAUGCUAAUAAUGACUCAUCUUCAGGAAGGUCAUCAAUACCCAUUUUUUGUUUAAGGGAUUGCCAACCUUUCGCAAAAUUUGCUUGCUUACGUGGAUGCAGAACAUUUGGGUGUAAUGUUGAUAUAUACACCUGCAUGGAGCUUAUGUGCCAAUAG